AAUUCACAACCCUUUACGACUCUAUAAAAAAAAAUGGAUCAAAGUGUAGGCCGAUUGCACGAAUUUGAUCAAGAAGUAUUACCUCAUCCUGAGAAUGCGGCCUCCUAUGCUACAAGAGGGUUCUUAGAAACACUCACAGACACAGUUAAUGCAAGAUUAAGUAAAGAGGAUGACGGAAGCGACACGUACAAAGAAGAAUUGAGAAUACUCAAAAGCGCCAUUAGAGCAUUUACAAUUAUUUUACCUUUUCUAUUUAAGACAGUUUGUCAGAAUGAAGCAGAAUCCAAAUUAUGGGAACUGACUUUUACGUUUAUUCAAACCGUUCGUUUUAAACUACUUCAUCAUGUCAACACAGGUGUAAAGAUUCACGCUAUCAAAUGUUUACAAGUCAUUGUUCUCUUGUUAUCCAAAUCAUCUCAAAAAGACCUUUCUCUUGGCUUAAUCAGACCUAAUCACCGCAUAUUGAAUACCCAAGCACUUGAAAAGGAAGGACAAGCCAUACUCGAAGAUAUGCUGACACAACUCAACUCGACUACAGAAUCUGUUCUCACUGCGACCAUCAAUUGUCUUGUCGUGACCGUGAAAAGACGACAUCAAUUCCUAAAGGUUGUUAUGCCGAGACUGACAGCUUGGAGAAAGACGAGGGACCAGAAUGAUUCGGCUGUUCUACUACGAAAUGUUGAAAAAGUAAUCAAGCUUGCCUUUAUUGCCUUGAUCAGAACCGAGUCGCUUGCGGCUUACCGUAACGACCUGAUGCAAGGAUUUGCAUCUAUUGGCGGUAACUUGGCCAUGUUUCAAAAUAACCGACGUGAUGAGUCGAGACGACAAAAGAGACAAGUACAUCAUGAAGAGGAACGGCGCAUAGAAAAGAAGGCCAAAUUAGAACCGUACACACCAAUGAUACCGCCUGCCAAUGCGCCCAAUAUACUUGCUAAUUACGAUAUCACGCAGAUACCUGUGUCGGCCAUUGUCAAUCUCUGCAUGACCGUGUUGCAGACGGUGCCACUAGAAGUCAUGACGGAACGUGUUGCAAUGUUGCCUAGAGAAGGUGUUACCUUGGCCGUGACACGUCCAGGCUUUGUGCGAUCGACGACACCACCAUAUCCUCCACCUCCAGAACAGCCAGAGACGAUUCAUCAUCCACGUAUUAAGCGAGAAGAAGUUAAGGAGGAAAUCGAUUCGGAUGAAGAAAUGGUCGAUGUCCCUCCACUACCUCAGCCAGUCAAAAUAGAGCCGAUCAAGGAAGAAAAGAAACCAAAGGUUGAGGUUUUGGCAAGUGCAGAAGAACGAGCCAGUCAGGCAUUGAAGAUGCAGCCUUAUGAGCUAGUCACGUCCAAGGUCGAUACAUUCAACGAUACCGAAAAGCGCGAGUUGCUCAAGAUGACCUUUGAACGUAUGCUCAAGGCUGAGCAUGCUUUCAAAUCUAAUCUGACACAUAAAGACGCGAAUAGUAAGCAAGUCUGGUGCACGUUGAUAUCCAAGCUUGUGACAAGAGGAAUUAACUAUAAUAAUAAUAAAAGUCUGACGAAAGAGAUUAAAGACAUGUUAUUAAAUUUCAUUGUAGAAAGCCCAUCUUCCAGAAACGAAUUGGCUAUUGCCUGGUUUAAGGAAGAGUAUUCAAUAGAGGAGCAAGACUAUUUUACCUGGCUUCAUCAAUUACUAGAAAAGACAAUCCCAACCUUAGAUGCCAAAGAUCGAACGUUGACCAAGUUCCUGUUGGACGCACCUGCACUGGAUGCUAGAUGUGUUGAAUUAAUCAAGGAGAACCUGCACCAGGUGCCCGAACGAUUUGUUACGUCUAUAUCAACCUUGCGUAGCCUCGUAAUGAAUAAACCCGCUGUGCGUUAUGACGCCCUCCAAGUUCUGCUGGAUCUUUGCGUUCAUUCGAACGAUAAGAUGAGACGAACGAGUAUUGUGGCGGUUAAGAAAUGGAACAUGAUGGAUGAACAAGAGGAUAUUGAUGCCAGAGUGGAGGCGUAUUCAAUUGAAGCGCUUCAGAUAUUAAAGACCCUUUCCAAAGAAAAAAUUGAAGCCAUGGAAGUAGACGAAGCAAAUAACGCGACUGAAAAAGAUGACGAAGCAACUAAUGCACCUGAAAAAGAAGAAGAAGCAGCUAAUACGAUUGAAAAAGAAGUCGUUCGACACGCUGAGCUGUACUUUGUGUUGUGUACAAAGAAGCCUAGUUUACUAAAGGAAUUAUUCUCAGUUUAUAUUGAAUCAUCCGAAGAUGUUCAGUCAUGCAUCCGUCUUCAUAUCGUCAACAUGGUGAAAUCAAUAGGUAUGAAGUCACCUGACCUUAUAUCUAUUCUCAGAGAAUGUCCUGAGGGUUCAGGGACAUUGGUGACCAGAAUACUAGCGAUCCUCUGCGAAUCAAGUAAGUUAUAUAAUUGUGUAUAAAAGAUGUCAAGCUUAUAAGUUAUAGAACCACCUACACGUGAUAUUAUCUCAACCUUGGAACAAUUGUCUACUGAUCAAUCAAUUGAUAUGGAACAAUUAGAGCCCAUUUUGAGUGGACAUAGUUUAAAUCAUUCAUUAAAGAAAUAAUUUGCUUAUUCUGGUAAAGAGCCCAAAACAAACAAACGUUACAUUAGGUGGCUCGCUUUAUAUUUAAAUUAAACAAUGAUUUGACAAAUAAGGGGUGAGGGAGGACAAAGAAAGUGGAGG